AUGGAGUUCAUAGCCGCCAUAUCUCUGGCUGGCAAUCUUCUUCAAUUCUGCGAGCUUGGUGUCAAACUAGUUCGCGGCACCCUGGAGCGGUACAAGUCUGCUGAUGGCUCAACUAUUCAUGAUGAGAUGUUGAUAGCUGAUGCCCGGCGCCUAAGACAUCUUGCAGAUGAUAUCCUCCACAACGACUCAGACGCGGUAAAGACAACAGAAAGCUCCAUAUUGCGCUCCAUUGCUCAGAGAUGCACUGAGGGUGCUGUUGUCUUGAUUGAGAUCCUUGACGCAUUGAAAGUUGAUACCAAUCCAGGCCAAAGCUUUGAGCAAGCCCUAAGGCGCAUGUGGAAAGAACACAAGAUACGGGAACUGGAGUUGAGGCUGGGGGAUCUCCGCAGAGAACUGCACAUGUUCCUUACUCAUGCUUCAGGAAAACUGGAAGAUCAGAACAACAACCUCGAGGCCAAGGCUACCGCCAGACUGGAUGACAUUGUUGGGCGAAUCGAUAAGACGACACAGGUCUUACAAAAGACUGCACCCAAUGGGUUUUCAGAGCAGAUGAGUCUUCUCAGGGCUGAGACCGAUGAUUUCAACGAGGAGCAGCACUUGAAAUUCGACCAAAUCAAGACGAGACAGGAGGCGAUCAAGGAAAGACACAAAGCGACAUUUGACUGGGUUUUCAGUCAAGACUAUACCUUAUUUCCUCAAUGGUUGGAGUCAGGGAAGGGGAUCUUUUGGAUAAGAGGAAAACCAGGAAGUGGCAAGUCGACUUUGAUGAAGUUCCUCGUCACUCAUCCGACAACGAGAUUGAAAUUAGAAGCCUUGGGCGAAGGCUGCACAACGGUCAUAGCAUGUCACUAUUUUUGGAAUGCCGGAAGCUCCAUGCAAAAGUCCCAACGUGGCUUACUCCAGACACUUUUGUACGAAAUAUUGAGGGAGGUUCCGAAUCUCAUUGACCGCGUUUGCAGUCGUCGUCGGUCAGCCCUUCAACACGAAUUGAUGGAAACAUGGGGGAAGGAGGAGCUUCUAGCUGCUUUCAGCUUACUCGCUAGUCAGACGGAUCUACCUGUGCGAUUUUGUUUCUUUAUCGAUGGUCUCGAUGAGUACACGGAUCGAGCAAAGCGUUACGACAACACCUUUGAGGAUCUUCUUCGAAUCCUUAAAGACUUCGCAUCCUCACCUUCUCUCAAGAUUUGUGCUUCGAUCAGGCCAUGGGAUGCCUUCCUGGACGCUUUUGGGGCCCAACCAUGGCAACUUCGAAUGGAGGACUUGACCAGAGACGACAUUCGCAACUAUGUCACGGACACCUUGUGUAACAACAAUGACUUUACGGCCCUUACGAAACAAUAUGGUCGCUGCUCUCGAUUAGCUGAAACGAUUGUCGACAGAGCUCAGGGGGUGUUCCUGUGGAUAUGUCUUGUCGUGGAAUCUCUGAAGAACGGCCUUGCGAAAGGAGACACGUUCACAGAACUACAAAGUUGCGUGGACGAGCUUCCGGCUGACCUGGAAGACACGUCUCGUAUUUUCAGAAUUAUGAUCAAGUCUGGACAAGCUUUGCCGCUUCUAGCAUUCGAGUUCCUCGAACAGGAAGCAGAAAGCUCGAGCUACGCCUUGCAAAUGAAGUUGCACGACAGAAUGAAGAAGCGGCUCAAUGCGAGGGGCAAAGACCUCCUUUACGUCACCUUUCAUCCGGCCAAGAACCAAUUUUUUCAGUAUCAAGUCGACUUCUUGCAUCGAACAGUAAGAGAUUUCUUCAUUGACCGAGACGUACUCGAGGAAACAAAGGCCAAAAGAAGGACUCCGCACUUCAGCGCGGCACUUUCACUAUGUCGGAUCGUGCUGGCCCUGGUCAAAACCUCAUCCUAUGCAGAAAUGGCGGUCGAUUACAACGAGGUUUUUCUCUUCUCUGAUGGGCUGAUGUACCAUGCUCGCACGUGUCUCUCGGACGACCUAGAUAAUGUGUUCAACCUACUAGACGCACUGUAUCAUACGAAUACAUGGAAUGCCAGAGACAAAAGUGUUCAUUGGACUAAUUUCAGAGAUAUUCCGAGGGGUAACUUCAAGGAAAAACGACAGAAGAACUUUCUCGCUUCUUCUAUACAAGCAAGACUCUCAUUAUAUGCAAAGCACAAGAUCAACUUGGACCCGGAUCAAGUAAAGAAGAAAAGCGGCCGACCAUUAUUGGACUAUGCUCUGCGGCCCACCACCGUGACGCCUCUCCAACUCCCCACCCAAGAAGGCCCAGUCGGAGCUAUGGUUGAGUUCCUGUUACGAAAUGGGGCCGACCCGAAUCAGAGGAUUGAGUUGUAUGGCGGGAAGACGCCUUGGCAACUUUUCCUCUCCGUCUGCUACGGCCACAGUCUCCAAGCCGACAAGUUGAACCUUGACGAGGAUGAAGUGAUGGACAUGAUAGUGGUAAUGUUGUUGUCGGGGGUAGACCUAAUUUCAAAGUCGAUCUUUAGGGCGGCGGAAGAGCACAUAUUCUACGGGUAG